GCGAAGCGGGAGAGCGGCAGAAGGAGAAGAGAGACCCCCGUGGGAGCGGGGGUGGGCGCCGCUGAGCGAGGAGCGCUCCUGCGCGGCUGCUUGGCUCGCUUCUCCUGAGCUCCGCUCGGCCCGGGCAGCCGCGAUGUCGGAGGUGCAGCUGAGCCCCCGCGGGGAGGCGGGCGAGGGGGCGCCGCUGGGCUUCGCCUGCCGCUUGCAGGACACCAGCAGCUUCGGGCCGGGGGGCGCCGCCAAGCGCGCCCCCAAACUGGCCCAGAUCGGACGCAGCAAGUGCGUUGUCAUUGAGGAUGAUCAGAUUGAUGAUGUACUGAAAAACAUUUCAGAAAAGCCACCUCCGGGUGUCUAAAUAUAUAUAUAUAUAUAUAUAUACAUGUCUCGCCCAGAGACACUGAGUUUAAAAAAAUGAGGGGCGCAAAAAUAAUUUACCUUUCAGCCCAAGAAUGGGCAAGAUCGUUCAUUUUUUAAAAAAAAAAUGAAGAAAGGAAGAACUUUUUUGGCUGAAAGAGGCAGAAAGCGAUGGUGUUUUUUUGGAGUUCUUCAACGCUAAGUUGGGAUCCAGCUGGAGACGCCUUUUAAGGAGCUGCCGAGAGGCUGAACUGAAGCCUUUUAUUCCUGCCCCCCCCUCCAGAAAGUCCAGUGUUCAAGUUGGACUUUUAGAAAGUCUUCUGAGAAGAGAAACAAUUGGGGUGGUGGGCAGAGGGUCUCGGAGGUCUUGUUUACAUGAUGACACCUUGCAAAAAAUAUUCCAUCACCUUGCACGUAACAUGGUCUGUACUUUCUAUUUAUAUAUUUUAUAUAUUCUUGGAUUUUGCGAAGGUAAAAGGAGGACAAAAGGAUGGUUUGUAAUCACACACACACAAACCAACACAACACUGUAUGUGAUUCUGGUUACCUUUUGAAGUCUCUGGAAUGUAAGGAACUUUUUAAAGAGAAAGUUUGAACCAGGAAGAAGGUUAUCCUUAUUUCCCCAAAACUGGAUUAUAAUUCUAGUAUUUGACAUUUGGGGGCAAUGCUUAGUCACUCAGGUGCAAAUAGAGAAAUGUAAUUUUAUAUACAGAAAAUGGAAGACACGUUGUUUUUUUUAAAGUAUUUGUGUGCUUUUUUUAAAUGUUCCCUAGCAAACGAAAGCUUGUGUCAAACCAAUCUUUGCUUUUUAAAAAUACUUUAGUGCAAAGUCGAUUCUCUUUGUUACUGUGCAAUGAAAUAAAUAAAAUGUGUGCGUACACAAACCAUAAUCCUGAAAGAAGAGUGCCAAAUAUUUUCUGAAAUGCAAAAUAUUUACUUCUCUGUUUCCUCUGGUAGGGAUUUUGUGUAUAUGCGAAGUUGCUUUUUUUUUUUGUACUUAAGGAGUUCUUGCCUCUCUGAGGACUUUUUAUACCGAACUGGUUGAUUUGUGCAGAAAGAAUUUUCUCCUGAUGCCGUCCUUGGUUUUCCUUCAGUUCUCUUUUUUACUGAUUCAAGUCUAACCAUUUUAAAAACAAUUGCAUGACACGCCAAGCAUUAAAAAGGGCUGCCUUGCUUGCAAUGGUUUUUAUCCUUCUCUUUGGCUGCAUUUUGCAAUGAUGUCCUUAAAAAGGUGGUUUGCAUCUUUUCCUACAAGCUUUGUGUAUCCUGCACGAGAGUGUUUCUGCAAUGGAUAAUAAAUGAUUAUGACUUAUA